CACAACGUGAAUGGAGCACAAUGGGCGAAAGGGGAGUGACGUCACUUUCCUCAAGCGGGCAACAGCUCUCGAGUCGAGUCCCGAGGAGCGACGAGCGGUGAAUGCGUGCGGGCCGAGCCGGGCCAGUGUGUUCGGGGCGCACUGUUUUAUUAUUUCCCCCCCCCCUACCCCCUUUAUGCAUCCUCCUGUUCUCUCCCGCCUUUGAGAUACUCCUCGUUGUUUCUUGUUUUUGUUUUGGGCACAAAAAGCGGUCGUGUUUGCUGAGUUCGUGUGACGUGUGCAGCCCUCGCGCGGCUGGUUACCGGGAGUCCAAGCGGUUGAUUUCUAGAGGGUGUGGAGGUUCGCCACAAUAAAUCCCUGCUGCACAUUUGCACCUCAAAUCGACUGCAACCCCCGCCCUUGACUGAGUGACUGCAUGGACCGGACUGAACAUGAAGAGCCUCAAAGCCAAGUUUAGAAAAACUGAUGUCAAUGAGUGGAGCAAAAACGACGAGCGGCUGCUUGCCGCGGUGGAGCACGGCGAGGUGGAGAAGGUGGCAUCGCUUCUUGCCAAGAAGGGAGCCAGCGCCGUGAAGCUGGACAGCGAGGGCAAAUCAGCUCUUCACGUGGCGGCUGCACGAGGACAGACUGACUGCCUGUCCGUCAUCCUGGCCCACGGAGCUGACCUGUCCCUCACCGAUGCUGCAGGUUUCAAUCCGUUACACCUGGCUGCCAAGAACAAUCACACGGAGUGCUGCAAAAAGCUCCUUCAGAGUAAAUGUCCCAUCGAUGCUUUAGACGGCUCGGGGAAGGCCGCUCUGCAUCACGCCGCUGCCAGCGGGAACAUCCAGACCGUCCAACUGCUGUGUGAACUCAAAAGUCCCAUCAACCUAAAGGAUGCCGACGGGCUCUCCCCUUUGCUGCUGUCAGCCAAACAGGCCCAUGCUGAGGUGUGCUGCGCCCUGCUGGACUGCGGCGCUGAGAUCAACACUUGUGACAACAGCGGCAGGACAGCCUUGAUGCUGGCCAGCGAGUCAAACGCCAUUUCUGUCGUCGAGGUCUUGGUCCAGCGAGGAGCAGACUUGUCGGCGGUAGAUUCACAAGGCCACGAUGUCGGACACUACGCCAAGCUGCAGGGCAACUCUGGGGUCAAAACUGCCCUCAAUGCCGCCCUCAACAGACAACAGGCCUCUGAUAUAAAGUCUCCUAGAAGUCCUCAGCAUGAUCAAGUAGCUAAACUAAGUGACGAACGGAUCACAACUCCCAAAAAAAGAAAAGCACCUCCACCUCCUAUUAGCCCACCGCAGAGCUCUGGGCCCUCUUCUCCUUCAGUUCUCGUCUCGGCCGUCUCUACGCCUGGAUCCAACAAAAGCGACACUCCAAGAAGAUUCAACUACAAGGAGGAUGCGGUGAAGGGAACGACGCUGAGAGAGGAGGUUGAAAAGCUCCACGAGGAGAGGAACAUGUUGCUGGAGACAAUCGAGGACCUGAAGCAGUCGGUGGAGCAGACGGGUCCACAGCCGGAAACCAGGGUCGAACACAGUUUUACGGCAUCUGCCGCUCUGGUUCGUGCUCUGCAAUCCAAGAUUACUGCUCUAACUUUGGAGAAUCAGCAACUUGCAAGCAAACUUAAGAGACAUCCAUCCCUCCAGGCAAGCGACGACCAGAAGGACAACAGCCGUCCGAACAGCAUGGCCUCCAACUCCUCCUUCCACUCCACCCAGGAUGAGUUUGAACCUCUGCCACGGGGGGAACGGGAAGACGUCCCAGUCGGAGGGGAGGAAGAAGAGAGCGAAGGCGGGAGAGCGGCCGUCAGCAGAGAGGAGAUCAGACUGCUGAGACAGGCGCUGGAGAGCGUUCAAGUGAAGCUGCUAGAAACCAGGAAGGAAAACCGCUCGCUUCACGCGCAGCUGAAGCCCGAGCGGGAAGAGGAGGAGGAGGGCGGCGUGACGGAGAAAGGGAGGGAGGAGGAGUUGAUGGAGAGUCUCGCGGAGCUUCAGGCAAAGCUGACUGACACUCAGGAGAGGUACCACCAAGCCGUGGAGGAGGUGGAGGAUUUGAGGGAACAGGUGGAAAGGGGAGGAGGUGAGCCAGUGGAGGAGCGGGAGCUGCAGAGACGCGCAUCAUCCGCGCUUGAACACGAAGUGAGACAGCUGAGGGCCCUGCUCGUCCAGUCGGGAUCCGAGCAGGAGGACGCGGCCCAACGCAUCGGCCUGCUGGAGGAGGCCCUGAGGCGGGUGGAGGAGGAGAGACGGAGUUUAAAGGAGAAAGAGCAGAGGACGGCGCAGAUUGAGGGGCUGUACACGGAGGCACAAGAGGAGAUUAGAAUGCUCCAGGAGGCUCUGAGGGGCACAGUGCCGGUUGAAGCAGCAGCCAAAGACUUUGAAGAAAUGAAGGCGGAGCUAAAUGAGGUAAUUGCCGGGCUGCAGCGCCGCCUGCUGGAACUCUCGCACUCCUUCAGCGAAACCAAAAGCCAGCUAGGCGCUGCGCAGAAACAGCUGGCGGAGAGCAGCGCCGCCUCCGGUUCCCCCUCCGCAGAACACCAGCAGGUCCAGGUGCUGCACAGCAAGGCGGAGGAGCUGCAGGCGCUGCUAGCUGAGGCGGAGGAGAAGCACGCGGCUGCUCAGGAGGAGAUCUGCCUGCUGAAGCAGGAGGCCGAAGCUCAGGCGCAGAGCUCCGUCGCCCUCUCCGACCACGCGCAGGUGAUGUCGUCCCUGGGAAGUGCCAUCAAAGAGCUGGAAAGCCAGUCGGAGACACUGAAAGAGCAGCUACGCCUGAAGACCUUGCAGGUGGAGGCUCUUCAGAACAGGCUGACGGCAGAGAAAGACGUUACCCCAGAUGACUCAGUCUCCCGCGCCGACCACGAGAACGCUCAGGAGCAGCUGCGGGGCGAGGUGAACCACCUGACGCAGCUCCUCCAGGGGGCCCUCAGAAAGCAGGACGAGAUGGCUCUGGAGGCUGCUGACGCAUGGCAGAAGGCACGGGAGAACCGCGCAGAGUGGGAGGCUCUGCAGGAGCAGGUGAUGUCGACGGAGAAGGAACACCAGACGCUGACCACCAGGCUGGCCGAGUCCCAGGACGCCGUGUGCCAACUCAAGCAGCUGGUGGAGAACCACGUUGCCUCAGAGAGGGAAAAAAACAAGAGGAUAGAUGACCUGUCACGGGAGGUGGCGAAGCUGAAAGACGCCCUAAACAGCUUAUCGCAGCUCUCCUACAGCUCCGGUCCUCCUUCCAAGAGACUGCAGCAAAACCAGCAGCUGGAGACGUUGCAGCAGCAGAUCAAACAACUACAGUACCAGCUGGCUGAGUCAAAGAAGCAGCACCAUGAGAUUGUGUCAGUCUACAGGAUGCACCUCCUCUACGCUGUCCAGGGUCAGAUGGACGAGGAUGUCCAGAAAGCCUUGAAGCAGAUCCUGAUGAUGUGCAAGAUGCCGAGCCAGGCCAAGGAGGCCUGCUAAGACGCACCGGGCCUGGAGUGUCCUGCACUCGUUACGCGUGCUGAUCGCAGGACAACACGCGGUGCCUCUGGAUGAACCUUGAGUAUUUGCAGCCGGGGAAUAGGUUUACAACAGAGUUCGCUGCCUUCAAUAGUGUAAUUUCGACCGAGUAAUAUCGAGAAUCUUAUGAUGAACAAUGCUUUUGUGAAACGCCCGGCCCGGCACGAAGAUACUGUACAUCAGUAAGUCGACCUUUGAAAUAGAAGAGAACCGAGUGGUUCCAGCCAAAUGUUUGAACCCAGUAAGCGCAUGUUAACACUACACUGUCAAUGUGCAGUGACCUGAGGUCACAUGCAGUUGCAUAAGCACGGCAAUGCAAGCCUGCGCACUCAGACACAAACACGCAUGUAUGUGCGUACUAAAGCGGCUUUCAUGUGGUUUGUUUCUGUUACAACGUGCGCUUCGAGGAAUAAAAUACUCACCAACUACUGUUGGAAGUAUCCGUUUUAUGAUACAACAGUGUUAGUAAUAUUUUACUUGUUUAAAGUUUUCAUGGUCGUCAACAUUUUCCUCAUGCAGUGUAAAUUAUUAGUACCCUCUCAAUGCAUGUGACUUAGUCGAAUAUACAAGCCUAACAAUCACAAACUGAUUUUUUUUUUGGACGCACUUCUAUGAAGAAAAAGUAUGAUACUGUUUGUAUUGGUAUUUCUGUGUAAGCACAAAAUUGCUAAAACUGUACUUUACUGAAUUGUACUACAUGCCAUAUUUUCUAAAAUACCGUAUUUAAUUGCAGAUUUGAUAGCUGUAUUGUCAAUCACCUUUUUUUGUGUAAAAGAAAAUCAUUUCCCUUGAGUAUAACACACUAUUUUGUCUAGUGACACCCGAAUUACUGUCAUAUUCUACAUCUAAGGGGGUUGAAUAUGAUCGUCAACGGUAAUCAGAAAAACAUUUCAGUUGUUACAAGCGUUUCACUGUACAGGCAUAUUUUGCCAUUAGUUACUUUUACUGAAAGAGUUCUCUCGUCGUAUUUUACACUCUGAAUCUUUUGUUCUAUUCCUUACUUGAAAAGCAUGCAACGUGCUGAAAGCAGAUGUUCGAGUCCUGUGCCUGGAACCAUGAACAUCAGCAAUUCUCAAUGUCAUAGAUGCCAAUUUCACCAGGCUUCUUUAUUAAUGUAUUAACGUUUACCAGGAAUGUUUUCCCGUUCUUACAUUUGUCAGACUGUGCAUUUCUCUGAACGUGUCUUCUGCACCGUUGUGUCAUCGCACUCCUUCGCCUUGGUACUGUACUUGGACAGCGUUGUUCUUCUGGACAAUGUUUCAGACUAACACAACCAACACUAACGAAAAUAGUUCGUAGAUGACUGUCUGAAACUCCCGGCCAGGUUUCCUCACUCGGGAACCUUUUUUACUGGAGAUGAUUUACGCCUGAGUAGAGCUUUUGCUUCUUUUCAUAGUUUGUAGGAUAUCAUAAAAACUUGGCUCUUUCUUUCUCGGCCUUGACUGAAAUGUUUUGUAACAAGAAAGGGAAAAGAAAAGCAACAACUGUUUUGUUGGUUGUUUUUUAAACUGAAGUGGAAGAAUACCUGUUUGCCGACUGCUUUGUUGCACACAAUAAUACAUUUUCAAGAACCUGUA